AUCCACCACUCAAAAAAACACGCGAGUACGCGACGCCUUCGCUUGCCUUCUUCGCGAAAUUGCGGUCGCGCCCCCGCGACUCCCACCGCAAUCGCACGCAAAAAUCCCGCUCGCCUCCGCGCCGUGCCAUGGCGCCCGCCUCGCUCAUGCUCUCUCUCCCGCGCGCGCCCGGCGCGCCUCUCGCGCCGCCAGCCGGCCCGGGCACCAGCGUCGCUGCCUGCUCCCACCUUGCCGCGCCGUCGCGAAGGAGAGGGCCGGGCAUCGCGCUCGCCGCGGCACCGGCCAGGCGCCAGGGCGGCAGGUGGAGGGCGGGCGUGUCGUCCUUCUCCUUCCUGCCGUCGUUCUUCACGGGGAAUAAUAGAGGGGAGAAGGACGCCGAGAAGGCGAUGAGGCUCAAGGAGGAGCUCCUCACCGCCAUCGCGCCGCUCGAACGCGGCGCCGAGGCCACGCCCGAGGACAAGGAGCGCGUCGAGCAGAUCGUUCAGCAAUUGGAGGCAGUGAACCAGGUGAAGGAGCCGCUCAAAUCCGAUCUCCUCAACGGCAAAUGGGAGCUUCUCUAUACCACCUCCACAAGCAUACUGCAACCACAGAGGCCAAAGUAUCUUAGGCCAUUUGGGAAGAUUUACCAAGCAAUCAAUGCGGACACCUUGAGAGCCCAAAACAUGGAAACGUGGCCUUACUUUAAUCAGGUUACUGCCAACUUGGUACCUCUUAAUCCUAGAAGAGUGGCAGUUAAGUUUGACUACUUCAAGAUAUUUAGUUUGAUCCCAAUCAAAUCACCUGGAAGUGGUAAAGGUGAACUAGAAAUUACUUAUCUUGAUGAAGAGCUCAGGGUUUCAAGAGGAGACAAGGGAAAUUUGUUUGUACUGAAGAUGGUCGACCCAGCAUACAGAGUUCCAUUGUAAUAAUCUUAAACGAUGCCGCUUUUUGCAGUACUGUCCUAAAAAAGUACAUCACUAUAUAUUUACUAGGUGUCAGCUCUAUGCGUAACAUUCCCUGAGGCAACGUGAUGCAUGUAAAUAUUGAAGAUUCUAUUUGAUACGUACAUAGGAAACCCAGUUGGAAACGGUUGCAGGGCCCAAUACUUAAGCAUAGCUCAUA